AUGUGUAAUCCAACUAAGAAGACAUUGAAAACCCCCAAAUAUCUGGUCUUUCUCUUUGUCACUGGUAUUGUUAUCAUUACGUUCACGUUCACAUAUACCAAUCUCGAUGUACCUUCUCUGUUGUUUUCUAAAAGGGUGGAAAAAGUUCCUGAACAGCAGAAAAAUAGUGACACUUCCGUUCCAUUUGAUGCUAGUAGGGAAGCAACAUCCCAGCAGGACAAUGCAGAAAGUGAUAUCGAGCUAGAAAACCAGUAUCUGAAGGCGUUGAUAGAACAGGAAAAGCAAGACGAAAGGGCCUUUGAGCUAGAGAACGAGAAGUUAUUAGAACAACUGCAAGAAACAAAGAAAGAGGUAAAUAGGCUAAGGGACAACCGUGCCAGAAGGAGGCCAAUGAUGCACGAUGCAGGUAACCCUAAAGAAUCAAAGCUCGAGUUUGAACUAUUGACUAAACUUAAGGUUGACGACAGUGAUGAACACCAGUUCAACCCCAUGUACCAUCAAGAAUGGAAUUCACACAAAAAACAGGUGAUGGAAUUCAUCUAUGAAGAUUCUCUGAACGAUACGUUAUUACCGGAACGUUCCGAGUACUUUACAAAUAUAUUCCAGUUGAUCUUAGCCAACAAGCCGAACAUCAGGCCUUUGUCACACUACAUGAACGGUAGAAUAUCGAAUGCAGUGUACGCAAACAGGCAAACGACCCCAUGCUUGACCGUCGACGAGUUGAGCAGCCAUCUCAUCCUGGAGGACAGUGACGUGCAGGCGUUACAGGACACCCACCACCGGUUUGUCCGCACGUUGUCCAGCAUAUACCCAAACGACAUCUACGAGCCGGGCACACGGGGAAUAGUGUAUGUCGGUGGCAAGGAGUCCUCGUGGUCAAUCAUGCUAUCCAUCAUGAACAUCCGGGACAGCGGGUGUAACCUUCCUGUCGAGGUGUUGAUACCUUCCUACCAUGAAUACAGCCUGGACAUGUGCAAGAACGUAUAUCCCCGCUACAACGCACGGUGCCUGUUCCUGCCGGGUUUGAUCAGCGGCAAGGUGAGACACCGCAACAAGAUACACAGGCACCAGUACAAGAGUGUGGCCUUGGCGCUGUCCAGUUUUGAGGAGGUGUUGCUGUUGGAUGCAGACAACUAUCUGCUGGACAACCCGGAGAAGCUGUUCUAUUCGAAGCCGUUCCAGGAGAACGGGAUGGUGACGUGGCCCGACCUGUGGAAACGGACCACACAUCCAAGGUUCUACACAAUCAUCGGGAAGGAAAUCACCACAGAUACCGAGAGACGGGUCUAUGGAUACACCGAAUACGGCCAGCGGUUUACCCAAGUGUGUGAGAAGGAGGAGGAUGUACCGCUACACCAGCUGGAGGGCACCAUGGCAGAUCCAAGCAGUGACUCGAGCCAGUUGCUGAUAUCGAAGCGGGAGCACAUUGGCACGAUCAUCUUGUCGAUGUACUACAACACAUAUGGACCCGAGUACUACUACCCGAUACUCUCGCAGGGCGCAUCGGGGCAGGGAGACAAGGAGACGUUUAUUGCGGCAGCACAUGCACUGGACAAGAAGUACUACACGGUGAAGAAGAUGCCGGAGUUUGUGGGUAGUCUGGUGCAGGAGAAGUGGAGAGCCAACGCAAUGGCCCAGUUUGAUGCAACGGAGGACUACGAGAUAGCAGAACGGUACCGGGACAGCACCGAGGAGGUGGCGGAGCAGCCAGCGGUGCUUCUUCUGCAUGUCAAGAGCAGGGAACUACAUCCGUGGAGAAAGUACCACGACGAACGGGUUCCUCACAAGGGGGACACGGGGAGAAGUCGUUUGUACGGAGACGAAUUCCCCAACGUUGCCAAGUACGACUUUGAGUUGGAGACAUGGCGAAACAUGGAGAAGUUGCUAUGCGAAGAUAAAAUAAGGUUCCAUGUGUUUGAACGAGAGGAAGUCUCCACGGAGGAAGCGUGUCGAGAGGUCCUUGAACAAAUCGCAUAUUUGGAAAUGACAACAAUGUAA